UUGUGAGUGAAAAGAUUAGAUUUCUUGCUCUUCUUUUCCUUUGGCUGUUCGUCUUGAACUUCUUGGUCUGCAGACUCCUGCUCAGCCUGUUGCUCCUGAGCCUUCUCCUCUUCCUGGACCAGCUUCUGUGCGGUCUCGUCGCUUUCGACUUCCAAGACUUUGAAGGACUUGUUCGGGUUUUCGAAGAGUUCCUUCCAGACGGUUGGGGUGGUUUCCGUGGAGCGGCCGUAUUUGUCCAGUUUACCUUCGGUGAUGAAAUUUUUUUGGUGGUAGUGAGGUUGGAUGGGAAGGGAUGGAGUGGAUUUUGAAUUUUGAGAGUUUGGCAUGGGAUUUUGUGCUAAGACUGGGGUUUUAGAUUUUUAUGAGGGAAGGAUGAAUGGAGUAUGAGUUGAAGGGUAUAAAAUGGAUGAUAAAAAUAAGACUGAUUCAUGAAUGUAAAUUUUAAAUUUAAUGCAAAGAGUAAUAAUUAUUUAUAAAUUUGAUGGGUUGACCAAAUUCUACCAUUAAACCUUAUCAAUCUAACUAAAAAAGCUCUAUCUAUUCUAAAAAUCUCUAGAAACUCAAUCUUUAAAACUAUUUUACCAAAAAAAUGGCUUAAAACAUUGAAUUGAUAUAAGGUUGCACACAAGUAAUGCCAAGAGGUUCACUAUUCAUUACUAGAUAUCUCAAAAAUUAAGCCAACAUUUUAUA